AUGGGCCGGAUGGGAUUUUCAGCCAGUUUCGGAUCAAUCAAAGCUGGCAAAGAAAAUCCCAUGCUGCAAUACCUCGAAGUGACUCUUGGUACUCUUGCCAAGCUUGGUUUGAUAUGGUGGCCAAUUGCAUUGCUGCAAACCUUUGGCGGUAGCAAGGAUCAUAUCAAUUUCCAAAAGUUGGCUUGCCAGAUGGUGGACAAAAGGAGAGAGCAAGCAACUGACGAACAUGAGGAUAUUAUGAAAUAUUUUCUCCAAGACUACAACUCCAAGGAACCCAAAGCUAUGCACCAUAUCGACGUCAUUUACUCGGACGCCCAGGCUGUUAUGACUGGUGGAACUGAUACGAUUGCAGCCGCACUGUCAUUCGUAUUUUACUAUAUGGCAAGAGAUUCCACCGUUCGAGACAAGCUCCGUUCAGAACUACAGUCACUCUUCGGUCGUACAGUAUCUGGGGAAUUUACCAACCUUGACUUGGGCGAAGCUGAGGCGCCAUAUUUGAACGCCGUGAUUAAUGAAACGAUGAGAAUGGACAAUCCAACUUGCGCCAACGGACCUCGAAUGACACCGCCUGAGGGAUUGGAAAUUGAUGGCGUUUUCAUUCCUGGCGAAACAUUAAUAUUUGUGCCUAUUCAUUCUAUGCACACAAGCGCAAAAUACUUUAAAGAGCCAAAUAGCUUUAUCCCAGAAAGGUGGACGACACGGCCUGAGCUUAUUAUCGACAAGCGGGCAUUCCACCCCUUCCUGCUCGGCCCAUACAACUGUGUAGGGAGGAGACUAGCUAUGAUCGUACUGCGAUUCACAAUAGCGUACACAGUCUGGAAUUACGACUUCAAAUUUGCUCCUGGCGAAGAUGGGACCUCAAUUCACCGAGAUAUGGUUAAUCAGGCAAUUUUGAAAGCAGGCCCCCUGCAAUGUGUAUUCAACAAAAGGUCUUAG